CAGGCAGUGCUGCUGCCUUCAUCAUCCUUAUCCCGGAGGAGCAAUACCGGGAAGAGCACUCCUCGCCCUGCUCUGCCCCACCACACACCCACCUUUGUCACCUCAUGCCCGGGUCCCGGGUGGGUGAGGGUGAAGAACCCACCCAGCCAAGAUGAUCUCUUCCCUGGGGGCUGCUGCUGCUGCUCUCCUCCCCCAGAUCCUGGGCCCCAGCAGGUGGGAGGGUGGCCCUGGAAGGAGCCCUGUCAGACUGCUGCAGAGGAGGUGAAGAGGGCUUAAGAGGCGCCACCCAUCCCAGACACGGAAGCUCCUUGCCUUUUGCCCUUUAGAUCUUGACUGUUUUAUGAAAGAAGAAUCCGUUGGUGGACCUUACAGGCAGCAAAAAACUGGACUGUGGUUCUGCCUGGCACCUAUGCCCCCGCCUCUGGUAGCAUCAGCAUCAUGAGCCAGUUUCAGAUGCCCCUGGCGGUCCAGCCAGACCUGCCAGGUCUUUAUGACUUCCCUCAGGGCCAAGUGAUGGUAGGGGGCUUCCAGGGUCCUGGGGUUUCCAUGGCUGGGAGUGAAGCCCAACUGAGAGGGGGUGGAGAUGGGCGAAAGAAACGGAAACGGUGUGGGACUUGUGAGCCCUGCCGGCGGCUGGAAAACUGCGGGGCUUGCACUAGCUGUACCAACCGCCGCACACACCAGAUCUGUAAGCUGCGCAAGUGUGAGAUGCUGAAGAAAAAAGUGGGGCUUCUCAAGGAGGUGGAAAUAAAGGCUGGUGAAGGAACGGGGCCGUGGACACAAGGGGCGGUUCUCAAGACAGGCUCAGAGCUCAGCCCGGUUGAUGGACCUGUUCCAGGUCAGAUGGACUCAGGGCCAGUGUACCAUGGGGACUCAAGGCAGCUAAGCACCUCAGGGGCGCCGGUCAAUGGUGCUAGAGAGCCCGCCGGACCCAGUCUACUGGGAGCUGCGGGUCCUUGGCGGGUAGACCAGAAGCCCAACUGGGACGCUGCCCCAGCCCCAGCCCACACUGCUCGCCUGGAAGAUGCCCACGAUCUGGUGGCCUUUUCGGCUGUGGCCGAAGCUGUAUCCUCUUAUGGGGCCCUUAGCACCCGGCUCUAUGAAACCUUCAACCGUGAGAUGAGUCGUGAGGCUGGGAACAACAACAGGGGCCCCCGGCCAGGGCCUGAAGGCUGCCCUGCUGGCAGUGAAGACCUUGACACCUUGCAGACAGCUCUGGCCCUUGCACGGCAUGGCAUGAAACCACCCAACUGCAACUGCGAUGGCCCAGAAUGCCCUGACUACCUCGAGUGGCUGGAGGGGAAGAUCAAGUCUGUGGUCAUGGAGGGAGGGCAGGAGCGGCCCCGGCUCCCAGGGCCUCUGCCUCCUGGAGAUGCUAGCCUCCCCGCACCCAGCACCAGGCCACUCCUUAGCGCUGAGGUCCCCCAGGUACCUCCCCUGGAGGGUCUGCCCCUGUCCCAGAGUGCCCUGAGCAUCGCUAAGGAAAAGAACAUCAGCCUGCAGACCGCCAUUGCCAUCGAGGCACUCACACAGCUCUCUUCCGCCCUCCCCCAGCCUUCUCAUUCCACUUCCCAGGCUUCUUGUCCCCUCCCUGAGGCCUUGUCCCCUUCUGCCCCUUUCAGGUCCCCCCAGUCCUACCUCCGGGCUCCCUCAUGGCCUGUGGUUCCCCCUGAGGAACACCCACCAUUUGUUCCCAAUAGCCCAGCCUUCCCCCAAGCAACUCCAAGGACUGAGUUUUCUGAGGCCUGGGGCACUGAAACCCCACCAGCAACAAACCCCCGGAACUCCUGGCCUGUUUCCCGCCCCAGCCCUGACCCCAUGGCUGAACUGGAGCAGCUGUUGGGCAGCGCCAGUGAUUACAUCCAGUCAGUAUUCAAGAGACCUGAGGCCCUGCCCACCAAGCCCAAGGUCAAAGUCGAGGCAUCUUCUUCCUCCCCAGCCCCAUCACCAUCCCCCAAUCUCCAGAGGGAGGCUCCCCCACCGUCAUCAGAACCUGACACCCACCAGAAGGCUCAGACGGCCCUGCAGCAGCACCUCCACCACAAGCGCAGUCUCUUUCUAGAACAGGCCCGUGAUGCCUCAUUCCCUGCUCCAUCAGAGCCUCCUGCUUCUGGCUGGUGGGCCCCACCAAGCUCACCUGCCCCCCGGCCUCCAGAUAGACCACCCAAGGAAAAGAAGAAGAAGCCCUCUACACCAGCUGGAGCUCUUGUGGGAACGGAGAAAGCAACCCCUGGGAUCAAGCCCAGUGUCAGAAAGCCAAUUCAGAUCAAGAAGUCCAGGUCCCGGGAAGUGCAGCCUCUCUUCCUGCCUCUCAGGCAGAUCAUUCUGGAAGGGCUGAGAUCCCCAGCCUCUGAGGAAGUGCAGGCACCUCCACCAGCCCCUCUCCCUGACCCUCUUCCUACCACACAGGGCUCUGCCAUCCCCUUGCCCCCAGAACCUUCUCUUGCGCUAUUUGCACCUAGUCCCUCCGGGGACAGCCUGCUGCCCCCUACUCAGGAAAUGAGGUCCCCUAGCCCUAUGGCAGCACUGCAGCCAGGCUCCACUGGCCCCCUUCCCCCUGCCGAUGACAAGUUAGAAGAGCUCAUCCGGCAGUUUGAGGCCGAAUUUGGGGAUAGCUUUGGGCUUCCUGGCCCCCCUUCUGUGCCCAUUCAAGACACCGAGAACCAGCCAACUUGUAUCCCAGCCCCUGAAAGCCCUUUUGCCACCCGCUCUCCCAAGCAGAUCAAGAUUGAGUCUUCAGGAGCUGUGACUGUGCUUUCAACCACCUGCUUCCAUUCAGAGGAAGUAAGCCAGGAGGCUACACCCACUAAGGCUGAGAAUCCACUCACACCCACCCUCAGUGGUUUCUUGGAGUCACCUCUUAAGUACCUGGACACACCCACCAAGAGUCUGCUGGACACACCUGCAAAGAGGGCCCAGGCUGAGUUCCCUACCUGCGAUUGUGUUGAACAAAUAGUGGAGAAAGAUGAAGGUCCAUAUUAUACUCACCUGGGAUCUGGCCCCACAGUAGCCUCUAUUCGGGAACUGAUGGAGGAGCGGUAUGGAGAGAAAGGGAAAGCCAUCCGGAUUGAGAAGGUCAUCUACACGGGGAAGGAGGGAAAGAGCUCCCGUGGCUGCCCCAUUGCCAAGUGGGUGAUCCGCAGGCACACACUGGAGGAGAAGCUUCUGUGCCUGGUGCGGCACCGAGCAGGUCACCACUGCCAGAAUGCUGUGAUUGUCAUUCUCAUCCUGGCUUGGGAAGGCAUCCCCCGUAGCCUUGGAGACACCCUUUACCAGGAGCUCACUGACACCCUCCGGAAGUAUGGCAACCCCACAAGCCGAAGAUGCGGCCUCAAUGAUGAUCGGACCUGCGCCUGCCAAGGCAAAGACCCUAACACCUGUGGUGCCUCCUUCUCCUUUGGCUGUUCCUGGAGCAUGUACUUCAACGGCUGCAAGUACGCACGAAGUAAGACACCUCGCAAGUUCCGUCUCGCAGGGGACAAUCCCAAAGAGGAAGAAGUGCUCCGGAAGAAUUUCCAGGGCUUGGCCACUGAAGUCGCUCCCCUUUACAAGCAGCUGGCCCCUCAGGCCUAUCAGAACCAGGUGACCAAUGAGGAAAUAGCAAUAGACUGCCGCUUGGGACUAAAGGAAGGACGCCCCUUCUCCGGGGUUACUGCCUGCAUGGACUUCUGUGCCCACGCCCACAAAGACCAGCAUAACCUCUACAAUGGGUGCACAGUGGUGUGCACCCUGACUAAGGAAGACAAUCGCUGCGUGGGCCAGAUUCCUGAGGAUGAGCAGCUACAUGUGCUCCCGCUCUACAAGAUGGCCAACACGGAUGAGUUUGGUAGUGAGGAGAACCAGAACGCCAAGGUGAGCAGUGGGGCCAUCCAGGUGCUCACGGCCUUCCCUCGUGAGGUCCGGCGCCUGCCAGAGCCUGCCAAGUCAUGCCGCCAGCGGCAGCUGGAAGCCAGGAAGGCAGCAGCUGAGAAGAAGAAGAUUCAGAAGGAGAAACUGAGCACCCCCGAGAAGAUCAAGCAGGAGGCCCUGGAGCUGGCGGGGGUCCCCACCGACCCAGGCCUGGCCUUGAAGGGUGGGUUGUCCCAGCAAAGCCUGAAGCCCUCCCUGAAGGUGGAGCCACAGAACCACUUCAGCUCUUUCAAGUACAGCAGCAACGCGGUGGUGGAGAGCUACUCGGUGCUGGGCAGUUGCCGGCCCUCAGAUCCCUACAGCAUGAGCAGUGUAUAUUCUUACCACUCCCACUAUGCACAGCCCAGCCUGGCCUCCGUCAAUGGCUUCCACGCCAAGUAUGCUCUUCCCUCCUUCAGCUACUAUGGCUUUCCAUCCAGCAACCCCGUCUUUCCCUCCCAGUUCCUGGGUCCUGGUGCCUGGGGACACGGUGGGAGCAAUGGAAGUUUUGAGAAGAAGCCAGACCUCCACGCUCUGCACAACAGCCUGAGCCCGGCCUACGGUGGUGCUGAGUUUGCCGAGCUGCCUGGCCAGGCUGUCACCACAGAUACCCACCACCCUGCUCCUCACCACCAGCAGCCUGCUUACCCAGGUCCCAAGGAUUAUCUACUUCCCAAGGCUCCCCAGCUCCACCCGGCAUCCAGGGACCCCUCUCCCUUUGCUCAAAGCUCCAACUGCUAUAACAGAUCCAUCAAGCAAGAGCCAGUGGACCCACUGGCUCAGGCUGAAUCUGUACCAAGAGACUCUGGAAAGAUGGGCAAAACACCUUUGCCCGAAGCAUCUCAGAAUGGGGGACCCAAUCACCUUUGGGGGCAGUACUCAGGAGGCUCAAGCAUGUCGCCCAAGAGGACUAACAGUGUAGGUGGCAGCUGGGGUAUGUUCCCUCGAGGGGAGAGUCCUGCCAUUGGAUCUGACAAGCUUAAUUCUUUUGGAGCUAGCUGCCUGACCCCAGCACACUUCCCAGAUGGCCAGUGGGGGCUGUUCCCUGGUGAGGGGCAGCCGUCAACCCCCCAUCCUGGAGGACGGCUGCGAGGCAAACCAUGGAGUCCCUGCAAGUUUGGGAACAGCUCCUCGGCCUUGGCUGGGCCUGGUCUGACUGAGAAGCCAUGGGGAGUAGGGGGAGCAGAUUUCAACUCUGCGCUGAAAGGUGGUCCUGGGUUUCAAGACAAGUUGUGGAAUCCCAUGAAAGGGGAGGAGGCAAGGAUUCCCACCUCCAGCUCAAGCCAGCUGGAUAAAGCCUGGCAGGCCUUCGGUAUGCCCCUGGGCUCCAGUGAGAAGCUAUUUGGGGCCCUGAAGUCAGAGGAGAAGCUGUGGGAUCCCUUCAGCCUGGAGGAAGGGACGGCUGAGGAGCCCCCCAGCAAAGGGGUGGUGAAGGAAGAGAAGGGUGGUCCAGUGGUGGAGGAGGAAGAAGAGGAGCUGUGGUCAGACAGUGAACACAACUUCCUGGAUGAGAACAUUGGUGGUGUGGCCGUGGCCCCUGCCCAUGGCUCCAUCCUCAUCGAGUGCGCCCGGCGGGAGCUGCAUGCCACCACGCCGCUCAAGAAGCCCAACCGCUUCCAUCCCACCCGCAUCUCGCUGGUCUUCUACCAGCACAAGAACCUCAACCAGCCCAAUCACGGGCUGGCCCUCUGGGAGGCUAAGAUGAAGCAGCUGGCAGAGCGGGCACGGGCGCGGCAGGAGGAAGCUGCGAGGCUGGGCCUGGGCCAACAGGAGGCCAAGCUGUAUGGGAAGAAGCGCAAGUGGGGGGGCGCUAUCGUUGCAGAGUCCCAGAACAAGGAGAAGAAGAGGGCUGUCCCCACCCGGCAGGCACUGGCCAUGCCCACAGACUCGGCGGUCACCGUGUCCUCUUAUGCCUACACAAAGGUCACUGGCCCCUACAGCCGCUGGAUCUAGGUGCCAGGAGCCAGCGUACCUCAGCGUCGGGCCCCGCCCGAGCUGCCUCUGUGGUGCUUUUGCCCUCACACCUGGGGGCGGGUUGGGGGUGCAGAAGUCUUUCUAUAUCUACAUAUAUGGAUAUGCCUAUCAUAUAUAUGUAUUUAUGGUCCAAACCUCAGAACUGACCCGCCCCUCCCUUUCCUACUUCCCCAGCACUUUGAAGAAGAAACUACGGCUGUCGGGUGAUUUUUUUUUUCGUGAUCUUAAUAUUUAUAUCUCCAUGUUUUAUUUUUCCCCUUAUUUGAGGGGCUUUUUUUUUCCUUUGUUUUUAAAACUCUAUCCUUGUAUAUCACAAUAAUGGAAAGAAAGUUUAUAGUGUCCUUUCACAAAGGAGUGGUUUUAAA